CCCUCUGCUGCUCACUAAACUUCUUUAUAGCGAAAUAAAUGACGUAGUUUUGUAAGAUGGCGGCGCCCCACUCCACGAUGCGGUUCUGGAAGCCCGGGUGUGAGGGUCCCGGUGUUUCUGAGGAGAGAGAUCUGUCGACGGAGCCCAGCGGGCCAGUGCUCAUCUACAACCCCCACAGCACCCUGUCUGUGGAGAAACAGAGGCAGAAACUGCCUGUAUUUAAGCACAGGAACAAUAUUCUGUACCUGGUGGAGAGCUUUCAGACGGUGGUGAUUGUGGGAGAGACCGGCUGUGGGAAGAGCACACAGAUUCCUCAGUAUCUUCUGGAGGCUGGAUGGGCUGCUGAAGGGAAGGUGAUUGGUGUAACCCAGCCCAGGAGGGUGGCGGCUACCUCGGUGGCUAAUCGUGUAGCAGAAGAGCGUGGAGCACUGCUGGGGCAUGAGGUUGGAUACACCAUCCGCUUUGAUGACUGUUCAGAUCCUCAUGCUACUCGCAUAAAGUUCCUCACAGAUGGGAUGUUGGUGAGGGAGAUGAUGGCGGACCCCCUGCUGAAGAAGUACAGUGUCCUGAUGCUGGAUGAAGCUCAUGAGAGGACGCUCUACACUGACAUUGCCAUCGGCCUUCUCAAGAAGAUUCAGCGGAAGAGAAGAGAUCUGCGGCUGAUCGUGGCGUCGGCUACGCUGGAUGCUAAGAAAUUUCAAGACUUUUUCAACCUGAAUGAAUCUGGAGACCCGAGUAAAGAUACCUGCGGGAUUCUGACUGUGGAGGGAAGAACUUUCCCUGUGGACGUUUUCUACACUGUCAGUCCGGUGCCAGACUACGUGAAGGCAACUGUUGAGACUGUGCUGAAGAUUCAUGAUGCUGAGGAGGAUGGAGAUGUGCUGGCAUUUCUCACUGGACAGGAGGAGGUUGAGAAGGUGGUAUCGAUGCUGCAGGAUCAGGCUCGGACUCUUUCUCGAUACGGGAUUAAAAAGCACCUUCGUGUUCUUCCCAUGUACGCCGGCCUCCCCUACGCUGAGCAGAUGAAGGUGUUUGAGAGGCUGCCCCCUACUGUCCGGAAGGUGGUGGUGGCCACUAACAUCGCUGAAACCUCCAUCACUAUAAACGGCAUCGUGUUUGUGAUAGACUGUGCGUUUGUGAAGCUCCGAGCGUAUAACCCUCGCACCGCCAUCGAGUCGCUGGUGGUCACGCCCAUCUCUAAAGCCUCCGCCGCUCAGCGGGCCGGAAGAGCCGGACGCAACCGGCCCGGCAAGUGCUUCAGACUUUACACAGAGGAAGACUUUGAGAAGCUUCCAGAAUCCACAGUUCCUGAAAUGCAGCGCAGUAACCUGGCCCCAGUCAUCCUCCAGCUGAAAGCACUGGGCAUCGACAACGUUCUCCGCUUCAGCUUCCUGUCUCCGCCGCCGGCUCAGUCCAUGGUGCAGGCCUUGGAGUUGCUGUAUGCUCUCGGUGGGCUGGAUCAGUACGGGCGUCUGACGGAGCCGAUGGGGAUCCGCAUGGCCGAGUUCCCCCUCAGCCCCAUGUUCGCAAAGAUGCUGCUGGAGUCCGGAAACUUCGGAUGCUCCAAGGAGAUCGUUACCAUAGCAGCCAUGAUGCAGAUCCAGAACAUCUUCGUUUUCCCGUCGGAUCAGAAGAAAGCCGCUGCUCGAGAGCACAGGAAGUUUGCAGUGGCUGAAGGAGAUCACCUGACCAUGCUGAAUGUUUACGAGGCUUUUGUGAAGCAUCAGAAGAGUUCUCAGUGGUGUCAGGAGCAUUUCCUGAACUAUAAAGGUCUGGUGCGAGCCAUGAGCGUGCGAGAGCAGCUGCGGCGCCUGCUCAACAAGUUCAAGGUGCCUCGAACGUCCAGCGAAGGUGACCCGGAUGUAAUUCUCAGGUGUAUCGUGUCGGGAUUCUUCGCUAACGCAGCCCGGCUGCAUCACUCCGGAUCAUACAGAACUUUGCGGGACGAUCGGGAGCUCCACAUCCAUCCCAACUCAGUGCUUUACGGAGAAAAGCCUCAAAAAUGGGUGGUCUUUAAUGAGGUGGUUCAGACCUCCAAGUAUUUCAUGCGGGACGUGACGGCGGUGGAGUCGGCCUGGCUCGUGGAACUGGCACCUCAUUUUUAUAAGCAGGCCAAGCACGGUUCUCUGAGCAGCAGCAAACGGACGAAGGUCUUCUGAGACGUUCUCCUCCACACUGCCCACUACUGGCAUAAGCCAUUAUCACCACUGGCCGGUGAACUGAUGAUCCUACAACACUUGAGCACACACACACACACACACACACACACACCUCUACACUGACAGUGAGCGUUUUUCAGGCAGCAGGGCAGAUUUGUAUUUGUGUAAAUUGUUGUAUUAUAUAUUUAAUUCUCCAUAUUCCAGUUAGUACCUCCACCAGCAGCACACGAGCAUAAACCAAUCGACCAAUCGAGCGUCUGUCCUCAGAACUGGAGGUUAUUAAAGGGUCAGAAGCUCGGGUUUUAUUUUUGUACAGCUUUAUUUUGUGUUCUUGCAUGGCGUCGUAACAGAGAGAGGAGAAUAUAGAGAGAUUAAUUUAGUUUAUAUGUUAGUUAAAGGAAUGGGGUUGAUGAAAAAUCAAACGUGCAUAUAACCUAUAUAAUGGUUUUACACAGAAUUCACCAGUAAAAUAUAAAUCAAAAUACAGAUCUCUGUAAUGAACUAGUGCACCUCAAAAUAUUUACUUUUAUUUCAGUAAUUCAGUUAAAAAUGUGAAACUCAUAUUAUAUGGAUGUACAUAUAUUGGAAUAAAGUAACUUUUCAAUGAUCUUCUAUUUUAUUUAUUUGUACUACAGUAUAUAAUAUCAGAUCUACGGAUCUAUAAACAUAUUCUGCCUAGUCACAUGACCAGGCAUAUAUAUAUAUAUAUAUAUCCUUAAUGUAAUUCUAAAUGGUAAUACUGUAUGUUACCAUUGGUUUAUAUGAAAUUUCACUCUCUUAUUUAUAAUUACUAUAAUUACAAUAUAGCUACAUCCCUCACAUGUGUAAAUAUUUUAUAUUUUAUAUAAUAUAAUAUAUUUUAUUUUAAUAUUUUUUUUAUCUUUUAAUGGGACAACACGGAAGAUAUGACAUUAAUACAGUGUACAACUACAGUAUAACAAGGAAAAUUUACUUGUUCCCUCAAAAUAACUCAACCCGCAGCCAUUAAUUAAAAAAAUAAAUAAAUAAAAGCCACAAUUUGUCCAUUUAUUUGUCACUUUGGGGUGUACUCACUUUUGUUGCCAGUGGUUUAGACAAUAAUGUGUGUUAAGUGAGUUAUUUUGAGGAAACAGUAAAUUUACACUGUUAUACUGUAGCUGAACACUGACUACUUUACACUGUAUCAAAUUAUCUCUUGUGUAUCUUCAUAUUUGUCCCAUUAAAAGUAUAUAAUAAAAUAUUUACACACAUUUUUAAGUUGGUAGAAAUUAUAAUUGGUAUCUCCAUUGUUAGUCUGGAAAUUUGCCUAAAACAACAUUUAUGUAGAGCUAAAACUGCAUAUAUUCGAAAUGCAGUAAUUGGAAAUUAUCUGAAAUGACUAAAUUACAGAUAACUUAUUAUUGUAAGUCAUUUAUAGAAAGUUUAGUUUUAACUAGUCAGAAUUACAGUGCAGAACUGACAGAUUCUACUAGUAGUAAAGUAAUUAUAGUGAUCAGUAACUAUCUGGAGCUUUUACUAAUAAAUAUAUGUGAUAAUUGAUAUGAAAGAGUGAAAUUCCAUGUAAAUUAAUGGUAAGAGUUAGAGGUAAAAGUUGGAAUUACAUUAAGGACACGUGGAACUGGUGGUCAUGUGACCAGUUUUUAAACACAGUGUUUAAAAACACCAGCAGCACUGCUGCUGUAUCUGAUCAACUCACUGUACCA